AUGUCCUCGCCCCAGAGCCACGAGAUAUCUCCCCAGCGCUCUUCCUCCCCCACAACCUCGCUCGACUUGGAGGCAUUUUCCUACGUGAGCGGAUUAAGUACCCGCACAUCCGAGCCGAGUUCGGCUUCCAUCGAGCUUGGGGAGGAUAUGCCGAAGGACUUGACUGUGCGAUGCUCUCCGACGACGGCACAAAUCGGCACUUCUCGAUCUCGCACGUUGGCUGAUAACCUAUCUCAUCCUUUCAUUCUCGUGACUCGGUCCGAAAGCUUCUCUCUCUGCGACGCCGGCUCCUUUUCUCCUGGUCUACCGAGUGUUGGUAUUCCCACCCCUCCUACCCGGUACUCGAGCACUCGACGGAAGAUCCUCUCGCCCGCUACCCUGGGCGGCGACCUCGAUGGCCCUGCUCCGCCGAAACGCAUCAAGACUUCCCAUCCGGCGCUGGGUACUAAGGGGCCUGCCAGCCUGCGCAAAGCCCGUUCGCUCAUGGCGCAAGCCUCACUAGAGAAAGAGAACGAGAGUUUCCGAAGCCUCUACUGUGGUCCAACGAUGCCGCGGCCAGCGGACUUUGCCGUUUGCGCCCCCACCAGUGUCCCGGAUCUGCGCCCCCAUGCUAUUACUGUGGCAAGCGAGCCGAUCCCUGCCGACCGUUUUCAAAACGGGAUUUCUGCGCUUGGAGGUCCUACUAUUCUUGUCCCUUCUCUGUAUUAUCCCUGUGGCGACUAUGCGUUCCAACCUGUCCUAAGCGAAGAAGACUGCGCCGGACUACGCAUCCAGCGUCUCUUGGAGAAGGAAGACACCGAUUUCCGCGCACCCGAGUCGACGUCGAUGAUCACGGACGAUAGGCUCUGGGACCGCGCUCUUGGAAUCCCUUCGGAGCUGCGCACAAAGGCGAUCAGAUGGCUUCUCGAUGUGCUGCCGGAUGUUUUAUUGCCGCACGAGGACGACCUGCACGAUCAGCUGUCGACUUCGCCCGAGACGCGGUUCUGCGCUGCGCGUAUGCUGCUGAGGUAUCUAUAUUGCGCGGUCGGCGCUGGCUCGUGUGGUGGCUUUGACGAUGCUCGAGGCAACUAUCGCCCUUACGACCAUUCAAGCGGGACCUGCGACGACGAUAUGAUUGAUAUGGUCGCUGGGAAAGCGCUCCUGAUCGACGAAGGCCUCGAGUCCCUCAUUUGGGAUGUCACUCUCGCGUGUCUGGCGCUGAGCGUCAAGCUACACCGCGACGUUAUGCCCCCUCUUGAGCCCGUCUGCAUGUCUGACUUCCGGGCGCUGCUGAGGUACAAGGUCUCCCUUGACGACUUCGAGACCGCACAGCGCGACGUGCUCUCCGCGCUUGAUUAUCGUCUCGGAACUGUCACGCCGCAAUCGUACCUUGAUGAGCUGUGGAUCGCGUCUGCGUCGCUGCGCGGGGCGGUCGGGACGACCGAGAUGUGGGCUAACGUUCAAAAGGAGGUGUGGGAUAUGCUCUUUGACGCGCUACUGGGUACGGAGGUGGACGUCCUGCGAUACUGCUUGUCUGUACUUACCGGCGCGGCUCUUCUGGACGGGCUUGUCGUGGCUCUCGCUCGCAAGUACAAAGCUGAAGCUGGCAAGGCCAUCUCUGGGUCUCGCCACCGGGGCGAUCAAGUUACUAUGGAGGUAUGGCAGGAGCAUGUGCGUCGGGCUAUCUGCGAAAUUCGCGGUGUGGACUUGGAUAUCCAGGAUUUGCUUGACGUCUCUAAAGACGAUCUCGAGGACUGUAGGACCUGGUUGGGACGAGCCGUCUCUCAGGCAGGGUGAUGAUAAACGGAGGGUGUGGACUCCUGUGCUAGAGGGUGUGUUCCGUUUAGGUGCAGACCAUGGCGGUUACUAUUAGUAUUCGAUUUCAAUCUGGCGUACUGUAGAUCGUGACGGAGUUUGCUGCGUAGUUGACUGUGGUGUAGCAUUCUAGUUCACGUAACAUAUUGAAAAGCUAUACAGCCCAAAUACAGC